AUGCGGUACACCGCGCUCUACAUGGCGAGGCACAACGCCAUAGUCGCCAGGAUCAAGAAGGCGGCAUCCACGAAGUUUGAGGUCCUCUCCGAGAAUCAGGUCCUGGGCAACCAUUGCUUGAGACCGGACCUUGUUCUGAAGAAUGGCCCAAACAUCUUCGUCGUGGAUGUCAGCGUGCCUUUCGACAACCGGCUAGCCGCUUUCGAGACAGCGGCGGCAGAGAAGAAGGGCAAGUACGAGCAACUUCGGGCCGAGUUGGCAGCGCUGCAUGGGUGCGAGGCAACGGUCGUGCCCUUCAUAGUUGGAGCCCUCGGCUCGUAG